AUGGCAAGGUUAUCAAAUUUACCCUCACACUUUCAGGGUGAUGAAUCUUGGAUUGAUAUCUCCUCUCAGCCAUCCUCUCCUCCUCAUUCUCUCGGCAAUACAACCACCACAGGCUUUCCUGUUGAAAAGAAGGAACACUCUUGCGAGCGAAAAAGUGCUCUUGGUAAUGAAAUCCCUAUUUUGAGCGAUGAUGCAGCACAUUUCUCCAAUAUACAGGAGGAGUAUGAAGAGAGUGACAGUGACGAUGAAGAAAUCUUGGAUAGCUCAACCGAAAAUGUUAUUAUAGCCAAAAGUCAAGAAACUAUGCCUGUUUAUGAUGCAGAAUCAAACUUAGAUAUGGGUCGGUCUACUAGCGCAAGUCUUUUCUUCACUCCUCAACCCAACGCAUUCUCACAUCCGCCCUCGAAUCAACGACAUAGAAGCGUCAGAAAUAAUUUAACGUCAAAUACAUUACCUAAUGUACAUGGCCAUCCUGCCCGCUAUCAACGCCGUCAAAGUUCAUAUGGUGAACCUACAGACCAUGAUGCUGCUUUAAGAGCUUCUCUCACAACAUUACUCUCAAUUGGCGCCGGCGCUGCAAGAAGUCUCCCUAAGCGUGAAACAGUCACGGCGAGAGGAAUACAGAAACAUAAUGAACCAAUUGGCUUACGAUUUGUAUCAGAAGCUGAGUUAAUGGCAUUACCUUCUUCGCCAAUAUCGCAUACUUCAACGCCACCAUCUUCGAAUGUCAAGUCAAAUCGUCACAGGAGCCCUGAUAUUGGUCUUUUAGAAAAGCGUAAACGGAAACUAAAAACAAGUGAGAAGGCUAAGCCUUCAAAAUUAUUGGCAGGAAUACAAGAUGACAUGUUAAAUCCCACUCUAUUUACCUGGGCAGUUUCAGCUGGUGUUUUAGUCCUAAUCAGUGUUGUCGGAUUUGGCGCUGGAUAUGUUAUUGGAAGAGAGGUUGGACGACAAGAGGUCGCAACAGGGUUGAAUAGCUCUGCGUUAGCUGAUGGUAGUUGUGGGAAGGAUUUUUUCAAGCGGAGUUCCAAUGGUUUGAUGCGCUUUAGAUGGAGUAUGGGUGGGAAUUGUAAAAGUGUUGCUAAUUAA